AUGCGCCGCUCGUCCGAUCACCCUGGGAACGUCCGCGUCACCGUUUCUUCUGCGACGGAGACGACCGAAACAAGGUCGGUAAAAGGGAAGCACGCCACAGACCAGGGGCGAAUGAAAUCUGGAAACCAUGGGCCUAUCAACGCUUGCUUCCCCCACGUGGGGUUAAAAAAAGGCGGGAUCUUUUCUUCGAUUGCCUCCUGGAGCCAGCCAAUCCGCGUUGGGAUCAUCCAAAUGAGCGAGGCAGCUUCUGCCUCAGUGGCCCGACCUCGAUCACCGCCGACCAAUCAGGAGAAGCUGCGCAGGAUUCUCGCGCUUAGGCAGUUGGAAGAGGCCGUUUCCCUUGCGCCCUUCCCCCAUCCUAGUUCUCCCCCUGCUCUGCCACCGACGGUUGGACGGACUUGCGGCUUUUUGCCCGCCCCUUUCGGACUUCGGACUUCGGACUUCGAUCUGUCGUUGGGACCGGAGUUGAACUACCAUGAGCGAGGGCGGUGGGGCCUGGGACCCCCAAUCCCCGGCCCCUAAGCAGCGGCGCUUAGACCCGGCUUGUCAAUUGCAGAAGGAGACCGAGGCAGCCCAAGCUCUGGCCGAGAUGACGGCUUGGGGCGGCGGGAGCUUUGAAAUCCUCAACCAGCAGGAGGCGCACGGAACCUCGGAAGCAAAAAAGAGUGGCCUGGAAACGGCCGGCCAGCAGGGGGUGCGCGAAGCCGCCCCUGCGGUCGGGGAGCGAAGCGCUCCCGGACAGGAUUUGGGGACUCGGGAUGACCGUGCAAGCGGAGACCGGGAGGCGUCCUCCGACGAGGAACAACAAGGAGGCGCUGCGGGGGGCGUGGAAACUGCCAGGCUGGCGCGGAGGAAUGCGGAAGCCGCCAUCGGGGUGACCGAUGACUCCGGGGAUGGCCGGGAGACCAGGAGAAAGAGGAAGGAGGCCAAGGAGAGGCGGAGGGCUGCUGAGGCAGCAGCUGAAGAUGAGUGCUCAGUCAUCUCGGUGGGGGAGGAGGAGGAGGAGGAGGACGACGACGACGACGACGACGACGAGGGAGAGGGAGGGAAGCCGCAGCCCACUCGCAAGACUGAGCAGUACUUGGAAGCCCUGGAGGCUGUGCGGAUGGAACUGAAAGUUUUGAACCAGCAGGCCAGCCGUGCCUUUGCCCAACUCAAAGCAAAGUUCAGUCACAUGCGGCGCCCACAUCUGGAGCGACGCAACCUCAUCAUCCAGAACAUCCCCGGCUUCUGGGUCACUGCUUUUCUCAACCAUCCCCAGCUUUCAGCAAUGAUCAAUGACCGGGAUGAGGACACUUUGAGCUAUAUGACCAAUCUGCAGGUUGUGGAUUUCACCCAUGCAAAGUCAGGCUGCAAGAUCAAGUUCUACUUCAGCAGCAAUCCCUAUUUCCAGAAUGAGGUCAUUGUGAAGGAGUUCCAGUGUGGUUCCUCUGGGAGGUUAGUUUCCCAUUCUACACCAAUUCGCUGGUGGCGUGGCCAGGACCCAUUAGCUCAUGGCCGGAAGAACUUUGAAAUGGGCCGCAGCUUCUUCAGUUGGUUCUGUGACCAUAGCUUUCCUGCAGGAGAUCGCAUUGCUGAGAUCAUUAAAGAAGACCUGUGGCCCAAUCCACUUCAAUACUACCUGAUGGGGGAAGGUGGUGAAAAUGGUGAAGAAGACAGUGAGACAGAGAAUGGUGAUGACUUUGUUGUGAUUGUGGAUGAUGAUGGUGAAGACGAGGAGGAAGAGGAGGUGGCAGAUGUCCAUGAGAUUAUAGAUGAAGAGGAGAGUGGGCGAGGUGAAGUUGUGGAAGAGGUAUUAAGUGGCCAAGAAGAUGAUAUUGCUGGAUCCAAGUCCUCCCGAGAGGAACCAGAUGGGAAGGAUUCUGAGGUGGAAGAAGAUGGCUAGAUUAGCUUAUGAAAGAACAGUGUGUCUGGUUGGACUUUCCCAUAGGGACCUCAGUGGCACUUUGAUGCUGACCAAUUGCACUUGGACAUGGCAAAAGAUGAUGGGGUGUAUCAGCAGCGGUCACAUAGGUUAUUUUGUAUCUUUAUUUAUUGUAUUGACUGCAUUUCUCUCUCUGGCCUCUUGGGGGCACUAUGUGCAAGCACCCCCUUAAUUGUUUGAUGCUUAGCAUCUCCUCCUACCUGCCUGCGUGGGGGCUAUACGCUUACUUGUCCUGUCCCCUGGUGGCUACUCAGGGUAUUGUCUGCCCAGAGGCCUUUUAAAACAGCUCAGGGUUUCCUUCUUCCAUUCAGCAUUAUUAAGCUGCUGGCUUUUCGCACCUUCCCUUUACUUCUGCUUAUAAGGAUUCUACUCCCCCUGUAGGUAUUUUAGCUUUAGUAAGCCUGCUAGCAGCCAGCCAGUGCCUCAUGCCAUGAAAACAUAAUCCCAGCCUUGCUUUUCCCACAUUGAGAGUAGGGCCUAACUAUUUGGGACUCAUCCAUUGCCACUGCAGGGCUAUGCCAUUUUAAUUGGGUUUAUGAUAGCCCCUAUUGAUCUAAAUGGCAACCUUGCACCCAUUGGCUUAGCUGAAGCAAUAAUAGCUCUCUGGUUGCACAGUAUUUUCCUUGGGGUUGCUAAUGCAAGGAAAAGGGCUAUGGUGGUGGCUUAUUCUUGUGUUUGGUGCUUCCUCUAAUGCUCCAGUACAUGAAAGUGAUGGCAAAAUGUUUCUAGCAACAGCGUGUUAUUGAGGUAUAUGUGAUUUUAUGCCCCCGUGUACUUUAUGUAUAACUGCAGACAAUUUCCUAGCAAUGUUCCUAAAGCAUCAUACCCAGUUGGAUCUGCCCCAUCCCCUACACCCCACAGAGGCUGUUCUAUGCAAUGCUACUGAUAUUUGUAGAAAGGCAACCAUUUUCCUUGGCUGAUUUUUUUGUAUAUUUCGUAUCAGGACUUUGUACUUUUUUUUACUAUAAAAAAAAAGCACUUAACAUACAGAGAGCUUUCCAAUUCGGUGUGUGGCUCCUUUUUUUUGGACAUCUAAAGUCUCAUAUUCUGUGCUCAGAAUGCAUGUCUAAAUGAGGGUAUGCAAACAGACAAGUUACAUAUGCUUUGCUCUGUAACGGAGUUCUCAGUGUUCAGGAGAACAGGCAUGAAGUAAAUAGUGAAGGAAGGAUGUGAGUGAUGAUAGAAAGAGUAAACUGAAUAUGAUAUUUUGCAUUACAAAUUGUCCUCGCUUAGUGAUCACAAUUGAGAUCAGCAACUCUGUUGCUAAGUGACAUGGUCACUAAGUGAAACGUGUGACUGUGAUGGACUUAUGAUGUCACUUUCUGUUCGGUUGUUUGGCGAGUCAACAUGGGUUGUUAUGAAUGGCCGCAUCAUGUCACCAUGAUUUGCGAUUUUACUGCCAGCUUCUCCAUUGACUCUGCUUGUCAGAAGGCAGUUAUGAAGCGUGCAAAUGGCGAUCAUAUGACCGUGGGAUGCUGCAACAGUUGUAAAUGCCCACCGGGUGUGAAACACCCACAUUUUGAUCAUGUGACUGCAGGCACACUGCGAUGGCCAUAAAUGCAAGGACUGGUCGUAAAAUUACUUUUACGAAGCACUGUUGUAGCUUCGAACAGUUGCUAAACAGGGCAGUCGUUAAGCAAGAAAUUUCUUCUCUGAGCUAUUGGUGCCACAUGCUGAUACAUUUCUACAAUUCAAACCUAAGCUUCUCAAAAAUCUAAAACAUCAGAUUUUAAACUGUUAGAAUUGUAGAAUACCAGUAACCCUUAUAGUAAAAACCAGUAAAUUCUAGAACAGUACUUUUUUUCUUAGCAAUAUUCAUUGAGAAAUCCUUUCCUCGUGUAAAAAGCCUGGAUCUGAUAUCUUAGAAAUUGUUCAGUUUAGCGUUUUUAUAGAGUAAACUGCAUUUAGCGUGUUUAGGGGAGGGGGAAACAGUGCAACCAUUCUAGAGCACCAGACUGUAAACAUGCUCUUUUGAUGUGUGGAGAUAAAUUCAUUAGGAUGAAUUAUUCUAACUUGAACUUCUCAUAGAGAUGCUAGUAUUUGAAGUAUAGGAGAAGGUUGAUAUUGGGAAGCAUUUAAACAUGCAGUCCUUUCCCCAUGUUCUGAAAUGAUGCCGCCUUGGAAAGACAGUUCCAUUGGAUUUUUAUCCUCAGCUGAAGAUAUGUAAUACCGCCUGAAAAAUGCAGCUGACUGCUUUUGAAAAUUCAUAAAUUUGUUAUAAGGCAAAAUAAUAAACUUACUC